AUGUCGGCCGCGAUCAGAGCUGUUCCUCUAAUUAUUCGCAAUUUGCCCAAGAACUGCUCUCAGUCUAUGGCAUUCUCGGUGUCAUCUGUAUCGGGAAACCCCGUUUUGGUAAAUAAGCACGACACAAAAAGAAUUAUUACGUUGAAUCGGCCAAAAGCAUUAAACGCCCUAAAUCUGGAUAUGGUUCGAGAGAUUUAUCCACAAAUGCGCGAAUGGAAUGAUACAGAAGAUGUGAAUUUGGUGAUUAUCAAGGGUAGUGGAGACAAGGCAUUCUGUGCCGGCGGAGAUGUUCUUGCCGUUGUUAAAUCCUAUAAGGCUGCGCAGAAUGGAGAAAAUACGACAAUGUAUAAAGAUUUCUUCCGUGAGGAGUACAUGUUAAACCAUCUCACUGGAAUUUUCUCAAAACAAUACGUUGCGCUUAUUGAUGGAAUUGUUAUGGGAGGGGGCUGCGGUCUUUCCGUUAACGGAAAAUUCCGCGUGUGCACGGAACGAACUAUGCUUGCUAUGCCGGAAACCGCUCUCGGAUUAUUCCCAGACGUUGGAGGAUCGUAUUUCCUCUCGAGACUUAAAGGGAGCCUUGGAAUGUACCUCGCACUUACUGGAUAUCGCCUUCUUGGUGCCGACUCGUAUCACUCUGGUCUCGCAACGCAUUACAUCAACUCGACGGAUCUUCCUAAACUCGAAACCGAACUUCUUAAUUUAAAGAAUGUAACUGAAGAUUCUGUUGAUGGAUUAUUGCGCUCAUUCGAACCAAAAGAAGUUCCUGAGUUCAGACUUUCUCCUCAUUUAGGGCAAAUUCGCGAUAUUUUCAAUGGAAAUAGCGUUGAAGAAAUCAUUGGAAAUCUUGAACAAGACGGAUCGGAUUGGGCAAAAAAACAAAUCUCAAUUCUUAAGAAAAUGAGCCCAACAUCUUUGAAGGUUACUCAUAAGCAACUUACCGAAGGAAGCAGGAUGAAUUAUGCAAAGAUCUUCACAAUGGAAUUUCGUCUUACCCAGCGAUUCCUUGCUGACAACGAUUUCCAUGAAGGAUGCCGAGCUAUUUUGAUUGACAAGGAUCGCAAUCCGAAGUGGAAUCCAGCAACUCUUGAGGAAGUGACCGACGAGCGCGUUGAGAAAUAUUUUGCACCACUUCCGAACAACGAAGAUUUGAAAUUUCAAGGAAAUAUCUAA